CCCUGCACACCCACUGGGUGGAGAAGGGGGCCAGCCGGCUGCAGGAAUUCAGCCUUAGGCUGGGGGCUGUCACCAAGGAGGAAUUUCCCCUCGUUUAAACAGGCUGGGGACCCCUCCACCCCACCCCUUCCACUGUGCUUCUUAAAGGGAUCACACCGUUUUUUCCUUUGACUCCGGGGAAGCCAGACUUGGGACGCUGUAUGGAGACUUUGAAUCUUUCCCUCCUGCUUCCUUCCCAACUGGCAGCCUUCCUCUGGCUGGUUGAGUGGGGGCCUCCUGGGCAUGGCACUGACCAGCCGACCCAGUGCUGACUUGGCUCCCGGGCUCAUUCAGCCUCUGGGGGCAUCUUGCUUUCUCCCUCCCGGGGCACAGUGGUGAGUCAGGGGCGCCCAGCCCUGAGUGUGCGUGGAGUGUUGCUGGCAGCCCCCAUCGCCCUCUCUCCCCCAAGCUGGAGGACGGUGAGGCUGUCAGGGGCUACGAUGAGAUGAGUGGGGGCCGCUUUGACUUUGAUGAUGGCGGGGCAUACUGCGGGGGCUGGGAAGGGGGGAAGGCCCACGGACAUGGGCUGUGCACGGGCCCGAAGGGCCAGGGUGAGUACUCCGGCUCCUGGAACUUUGGCUUCGAAGUGGCGGGCGUCUACACCUGGCCCAGUGGGAACACCUUCGAGGGAUACUGGAGCCAGGGCAAACGGCAUGGGCUGGGCAUAGAGACCAAGGGACGCUGGCUCUACAAGGGCGAGUGGACGCACGGCUUCAAGGGACGCUACGGAACCCGGCAGAGCAGCAGCAGCGGUGCCAAGUAUGAGGGCACCUGGAACAAUGGCCUGCAGGACGGCUAUGGCACCGAGACCUAUGCAGAUGGAGGGACCUACCAGGGCCAGUUCACCAACGGCAUGCGCCACGGCUACGGCGUGCGCCAGAGCGUGCCCUACGGGAUGGCCGUGGUGGUGCGCUCGCCGCUGCGCACGUCGCUCUCGUCCCUGCGCAGCGAGCACAGCAACGGCGCGGCGGCCCCGGACUCGCCCGGCUCCCCGGCCCCCGACGGCCCCACUUCGCCCGCGGCCGCCAUCCCGCGCGGCGGCUUCGCGCUCAGCCUGCUGGCCAACGCCGAGGCGGCGCGGGCGCCCAAGGGCGGCGGCCUCUUCCCGCGCGGCGCGCUGCUGGGCCGCCUGCGGCGCGCCGAGUCCCGCACGUCGCUGGGCAGCCAGCGCAGCCGCGUCAGCUUCCUCAGGAGCGAGCUCAGCUCGGGCGCCAGCGACGCCGCGUCCACCGCCAGCCUGGGCGAGGGCGCCGAGGGCGCGGAGGGCGCCGAGGGCGCGGAGGGCGCCGACGAGGCCGCGCCCUUCGAGGCCGACAUCGACGCCACCACCACCGAGACCUACAUGGGCGAGUGGAAGAGCGACAAGCGCUCGGGCUUCGGCGUGAGCGAGCGCUCCAGCGGCCUCCGCUACGAGGGCGAGUGGCUGGACAACCUGCGCCACGGCUACGGCUGCACCACGCUGCCCGACGGCCGCCGCGAGGAGGGCAAGUACCGCCACAACGUGCUGGUCAAGGGCGCCAAGCGCCGCGUGCUGCCGCUGCGGAGCGGCAAGGUCCGCCAGAAGGUGGAGCACAGCGUGGAGGGCGCCCAGCGCGCCGCCGCCAUCGCGCGCCAGAAGGCCGAGAUCGCCGCCUCCAGGACGAGCCACGCCAAGGCCAAAGCUGAGGCAGCAGAACAGGCCGCCCUCGCUGCCAACCAGGAGUCCAACAUUGCUCGCACUUUGGCCAGGGAGCUGGCUCCAGACUUCUACCAGCCAGGACCGGAGUAUCAGAAGCGCCGGCUGCUGCAGGAGAUCCUGGAGAACUCCGAGAGCCUGCUCGAGCCCCCGGAGCGGGGCCCAGGGCCCGCGGGUGCCCCGCCGCCCGCCCGCGAGAGCCCGCAGCUGCACGAGCACGAGCCCCCCGCGCCCGAGGGCGGCCCCCCGUCGCCGGCAGGGACGCCCCCGCAGCCCAAGCGGCCCCGCCCGGGGGCGGCCAGGGAGCGCCCCGCGAGCCCGCGCGCCUGGAACGGGGAGCCGGCCGCCGAGCGCAUGGCCAUCGAGGCGCUGCAGCCGCCGCCCGCGCCGCCGCCCGAGCCCGAGGUCGCGCUGUACCGGGGCUACCACAGCUACGCCGUGCGCACCGCCCCGCCCGCGCCGCCGCCCUUCGAGGACGAGCCCGAGCCCGCGCCCGCGCCCGCGCCCGAGCCCCGGGCCGCGGGGCCCGACUCCGCGCCGCCGUCGCCGGCCGCCGCCCCCGAGCUCGCGCCCGAGCCCCCCGCCAAGCUGGAGCCCAAGCCCAUCGUGCCCAAAGCCGAGCCCAGGGCCAAGGCCCGCAAGACUGAGGCCCGGGGGCUGACCAAGGCGGGGGCCAAGAGGAGGGCUCGGAAGGAGGCGGCCUCCGCGGAGGCCGAGGCCGAGGUGGAGGAGGUCCCCAACACCGUCCUUAUCUGCAUGGUGAUCCUGCUUAACAUCGGCCUGGCCAUCCUCUUCGUUCACCUCCUGACCUGACCCUUGUCUACCAGAGCCAGGAGUUCCUGCUGAGGAUGUGAGGACCCAUCUUCCAGCAUUACCAGUCCAGGUGGCCAAGGAGGACUGAACUCUAGACCUGGAGCCCUGGGGUCCAGCUCACAUCCACACCACAUCCGUUUAAGGAGGCCUCCCGUGGCACCUGCCCUGGGUGGCAGUGGUGCCCAGAGCAAUAGAAUGUGCUGAGGGUCCUCCGGGAGCUCUGUGCCCUGUGGCAGGGAAGCCUCGAAGGAAGCGCUCUGGUCUCUUGAGCGCUCCUGUCCCUCAUCCUCAUCUAUUCCCUCGCCUUGCUGCUAGGGUCCCCCUUCCCUGAGCUUUUGUGUGUUUUGGGAGAAGUCACUAGACCAGGAUCAUCAGACUAACUCCCAGCCCCUUUCCUUCCACCCCUGCCCUGCUUUAUUUUAAUCGUCUGGGUGCCGAGGGAGUGACGGAUCCCCAUGGCCGGUGAGCAAGGGAGCCACCCUCAGUGUGGAGGCCCUGCCUUUCAUGGGCUCCAUGCAGCACACAUGCUGUCCCUUGCUGACAGAUGUUCAGGACGCCAAUAGAGGAAAUGGACAUGCUCAGUUUGAACACCCCCGACACGGUGCUCCGGUCUCCGCCCCCUUGUCCAGUUAGCCCUCUUCUGGGCCAAGAGAAGGGGGGGACACUCAGGCACUAGAACCUGUGGCUGAGAAGCCACUGACCAGGUGGCCAGGGUGGGAGCGGGAAGAAGGGCUAAGUGGCAUUCAGGAUGGCCCCUGUGAUCGAGUGCGCCGGAGCCUGAGGCUGCCAUUGCGUCUGGGGCUGCCGGUGUGCCCGGGGUGCCAAAGGGCCACCCUGCUGGAGUCCUGGGGCUGCCAGCAUAGAGUUAGCCCGCUGCCCACGCCGGGGCCCACCGUGGCCCGAGGGAGCAGGAGCGUGGAAGCCCAGGCGGAUUUCCCUGGGGUAGACUCUCAGGCAGGUGCUCAAGACAAGCUGUUUGUGAACCAGCAUUUCGCAGAGAGAGAAGAGCAAGUCUGGAGGCCCCCGUGGGUGCAGUCUGUUGGACAAUAAGCCCCUCGGCUCGCUUGGCAGAAGAUGGUGUUUGCAUGUAGCUCAUUACAGAUGUUUUGUACCACACUGGGUCUCCGGUCCCUUGUGCUUGCCGGGGCGGGGUGGAGGCCGAGGGCUCCGGGCCCCUGCGCCCCGGGGGGACAGAGGGAAAGGGCUUCUUGGCCCUUCCAAACCCAGGGAAGGUUGUGGCCAUGGCAUCCAAGCGGAGCCACAGGGAUGUGGGAUGUGGACCUUGGGGGCUUUGGCGGUGUGGUCUAGCCUCCCCAGCGCAGCUCUGCAAGCUGGAGUCUGCUUCUGAUGAGACUGGCCGUGCCUUUCCCGCGCGGUGCUUGGGAGCCGUCCUCCAGCUCACACGUGGGGCCUCACGGCGAGGUUGGCAUCUCGGACUGCGUUUCUUAGAGAGGAGCCUGCCGUUCUCCCGUCCCCUGCCAGCCCGUGGCUCUGCAUCCGUGUCUGGGCUUUUCUGGACUCUGAGGGAAUCCACUGCUCAGGGCCGGUGGGUCCCGGGCCUUGGCUCUGAGAGCCUUGUCCACACUUGGGGCUGGCCCAGUGCUGGGGAUAAGCCUCUGGGUAGCAGAGCUCCCGGGCCUAGGGUUAGGGCUGGUGUUUGGGGUGAGGGUUCAGGGUGCUGCAGUCUGUACAAUAAUAAACCUGCAUCUGCUCGCGGGC